UGUCCCAAUCCCCCCACUAAAUUUCCUCUCACAGCACACAAGGGAACCAAAAGCUUUAACUACACUUUUGGAGUUUUGAGUACUUGGCUCUUCUUCUACCUACUUUCUCUCAUUUUCCAUUGGAGUAUAGCUUUUUCUUGGGAAAAAAAAAUGUCAGCUGCCAUGGGAAAAUGCAGUAAAAUCCGCCACAUCGUUAGGCUUCGACAAAUGCUGCGCCGGUGGCGAAACAAGGCUCGCAUGUCAGCUACUCGUAUUCCUUCUGACGUUCCUGCUGGACACGUGGCGGUUUGCGUUGGUACAAGUUGCAGGAGAUUUGUGGUACGUGCAACCUACCUGAAUCAUCCGGUGUUCAAGAAACUCUUACUGCAAGCUGAGGAAGAGUAUGGCUUCACUCACCAAGGUCCCUUAUCAAUUCCCUGCGACGAGACAGUAUUUGAGGAAGUGAUCCGAUACAUUUCGCGAUCAGAAUCAGGGAAUUCGAUCCGUUUCUUGAAUCUGGAAGAUUUCCAGAGGUAUUGCCAUGUUGGAGUUAGGAGUAAGCUUGAUUUUUGGACCGAAUCUCGACCUUUGCUUCAUGGGUUUGCAGAUAAAACUAUUUGGUAAGUAAAAAUACCAACUGGGGAUAUGGUUGGUUUUGUUUCUUGAAAAUAAAAAAUGAGAGAAACAGUAAUACUCUGGUUCUGACCCGGGAUCAACUCAGUCCGAGCUUGGAAGCAAUGCACAAGAAAUUUUAUCGAGACCAAAUUUGAAUAUAAGAGUACAUUUGCGGAGUUGGGUUAACUCAGCUGAGUUUUCCUUAUUUUCCAUGGGUUUUUAUUUUUAUUUUUUUUUUCCUUACCAUGUACAAAGAUGUAUGUUGGUGAGUUUAGGGAUAACUUUUUUUCCCCUUUUAGUCCUUUAUAAAUACUGUUAUUAUCGGUUCAUAUUUGGUCGUGAGUUGGGGCGGCGAGUCCUCUGUAACAUACACAUUUGCAACUCCGGAGAAUGCAUGGAGAUGGCAGGAAGAGGUGGAUGAGUUACCACCAAGUCGUCCCGGAUUCGAGUCGGAGUGGAGUUUAAUAAGAGCGGAGACACUCGAAAUGAAAUUGUAAAGGAGUAAAUUUAACGACCGUUGUAAAUUUCUGUUAUUUAUUGAUGAAUGGAAAAAUUUGUAGAGAAAUUCCAGUU